GUUCCUUUGAAUAGCACCCAGUGGCCCUCUGCUCAGACGUGUCAUGAAAAUCGCUCGUCCAAGCCGAGCGGUUGUGGCUCAGCCGGCAGUCAUGGCACCGCGCAAGGUCCCAGGCCCGAAAUACCGGAAGUUCUGGGACGGGGCGCGGCCGCAAGUGUGGCUGGUUGAAGCAGCGGAUGUCCAAAAAAAGGCUGCCUCUGGAGGGCACGUUCGUGCUUCGAGUACAUUUCAGGAGACUGAGCCUUCAGAGUCCUCCUGCAUUGAGGUGGGCUCCAAACUCUGGAGCCGGUCUACGCCCUUUUCGCAGGAGAGCUACCGACCAGUCUUUACGCCUUCGCGGCCCUCUACCAUCUCUAGGGUAGCGGGCAGCGACGUGGUGAAGACUGCGAAGUACCAAGUUCUGCCCCCCUGGGGCCCGGAGCGGGCCAACAAAGACCACCCACCCUGGGAAGCGCAGCAGCAGAAGCAGCUAGAGUACCGGCAAAUCCUGGACCAACAGACUGCCACCGCGGCAGACUUGGAAAGGCAGCGGAAGCUUGAAGUGGCGGAGCUUGAGCCGCGGCGCAAAUGGGGGGAGGAAAGGCGUUCCAUCCCGUCGUUGGCGACGAAGACCCACGAGUGGGAACAGCACUUUGAGGGCAAUCGGAAAGCGCUGAUGGAGGAGCAGCUAGCAGCGGCAGCUUCCCGCCAAAGAAAGGAGAUGCGCAGACGGAAGGAGGAGGAAGAGAAUUCCAGAGCGUGGCUUGCACAGGCGGCAGCGGACCGCGCGCAGCGCUACUUCUCCAGGCGGCAGCAGCGCAAAGAGGAGCUCUCAGAGCUGAGCUCUGAGUGGGCCAAGGAGGUGGAGGAGAAGCGGCGCCUGGUGGUGCAGCAGCGUGAUAAAGAGCUCUUGGAGCAGCGCCAGGCUUUGCAGCACCUUACAGAGGGCAUGGUGCCUUCUCGCCGUCUUCGGAAGCCGGCGACGCCGCUCUACGACGCCAAUCCCUCGUAGCCGGACGGUGUUAAAAGGCUGCUUUAGAACGGGUUGUUCAAAGACAAUCCUUCCUUCACGAGAGCAGUCGGCUUGUGAUUGCUCAGGGUACCGUCGGAUUGGCUCAGCCACUUUGCAGACACGUCCAAACAUGGAUCAUAGCUGUCCUUGUUUGGCUGCUGUAUUGUAAAGACGCAGCGCCCACUUCCCCAAAAAUGACACGGACUCCUCUUGUGUGUCCGCUGGGUAGCUAUUUGCCCAGCCAGUUCCAGCGGAGCCUGUGGUUAAAUUUGUAGUCCACAUCCCCGACAUUGCUGAGAACGCGCCUGAGCCGCCGCUGACGGUGCGGUAGAGGCGCCUGCUUUUGGACAGAGGACAGCUUGUUCUGGGGAUGGCAACCCAAGCCACAGCUGCUUUUGGGCGGUUUACAAACCACGGCACGGUAGA